AUUUGAACUGAAGAAAAAGGCGCGAUAAUGUCGAGGCUAUGGGCGAGUUUCGCGGGGCUUUUCAGUAAUAAAACUCUGAUCGGAAUGGACAAAUCCGGCAAUCGUUACUUCGCCAAGAGUGAACCCAUCGACGGCAUCGUGAAGGAGAAAAGGUGGGUUCUAUUUAAAGGAGAGCAAGAUCCCACUUCCGUUCCUGUUGAAUGGAUAUGUUGGCUGAAUGGACAGCGCAAAAAAGCUCCAACAACAGAGGAAAUGGUUGAGCUGGAGGCAAGGAGAGAACGUGUUAAACUAAAUGUUGCUCUUCUCAAAAAGGAAGAAGAAGAAAGAAAAGCCAAAGAAGGCAAAUCCAAGAGCAUCGGUAAAGCUACAGGCCCUGAUUUGAAAAGCUUUAUUCAACAGUUUCCUACUGAUGCACAAGGGAAUAUAAUUGAAGCAGCAUCCGCCUCAAAUGACGUCACGAGUGAUAAACAAGUCCCAGAAUCCAUCACAAAACAGCCAGAGUCUUCGGAGCCAAGUGGUUCUGGUUCAUCCUACAGACCAGGGACAUGGCAACCACCAACUUGACUCACAAUCACGAUUUCUAGAUCCUUUUAAAUUUGAUGAUUAAUCGUUCGUUCGUUUUUUUUUUUUUUUCCGGAUUAAAUCAGGACCAGAUUUAGCGGUUCGGUUUAAUGAUCUGAAUUUUCUUUGCGAAACACCAAAUAUGUAAUUGACAUUGCAAGUUGUAUUUUUGUACUUCACAAAAUUUGGCCUACAAAAGGAAUUCAUGUUUCGGAAAUCAAAAA